AUGUCAGAGUAUAAGAAUUUGCCAGUUACGGUGGAGAAGCCAAUCCCAGUGACGUAUGAUUUGGGUAACCUGAGUGUAUUUGAUACCAAUGUCAUUGACAGGAACGAUGUGGACAGUUCAAAUGCGAAGCGUGAGGAAGUUAUCAAAAGUGUAACGCGUGACAAUGUGCAGCUCUUGAUCAACCAGCUGCUUUCGUUGCCAAUUAAGAAGACUACUGAGCACACAGGUGGUAACAGUGGCCAAGGUGCUACUGUUGCGCUAUUGCAAUUGCCUGAGCCAUCUUCUGAGCUACCAAGAGAGAAGCCAUUGCCUAAGCCAAAGGCUCUUACCAAGUGGCAGAAGUUUGCGGCUAAGAAAGGUAUCAAGCCAAAGGAGAGAGCGGGCAAGAUGGUUUUCGAUGAAGCUACGGGCAAGUGGGCUCCUAAGUGGGGUUACAACGGUAUUAACAAGAAGCUGGAUGACCAAUGGUUGGUCGAAGUCGAUGACGACACCAAGGGCACUGAGAAUGAGCUGAUAGAUCCAAGAUCGUUGAACAGAGCUGAGCGUAAGCGUCUAGUGAAGAAGAACGAGAGGCAGCAGAAGAAAAACUUGAAGAACGCUAUGGGACAAUAG